ACCAUCUUGACGAGGAGAGCAACAGUAAGAAGAAACCAGCGCUGAAGUCCACAACUCCUGCAAUACAAAUAAACACAAGCAAGGACAGACAAUGAAGAUGGAGGUUACUGGGAAAAUGUUCUGUGUCUUGAUGCUUUUGCUGCACAAGAGCGUUCAACAGCAAGCGUUUAAUAAUAAUGCAACACUCAAUCUUCCUACUAAUUAUACAGUUGGUUGGAUGAGAACUCUGGAUGAUGAAAAGUUGAUUUCUGAAGUCAAUAUUCCUGGCACUCAUGACACAAUGGCCCUUCUACAAGUACCAGGAUCACAAUGUCAGUCGUGGCCACUGGAGAACCAGUUAAAGGCCGGCAUACGCUACCUGGACUUGAGAGUGUAUGGGAGGUUUGUGAUAAUUAUGCAUGGUGUGAUUCCUCAAUUUACAACAUUUGCUGAAGUUUUCAAUACAACAAAGAACUUCUUGUCUCAAUAUAAAACAGAGACCGUGUUGAUGAGAGUCAAGGAGGAGUUUGGUGGCAAUAUUACAGAAAAAGCAAUUAUUCAAGUUAAAAAUGAUCCUGGUUGUUGGAUUAGUAAUAAAAUACCACGAAUUGGAGAUGUGAGAGGAAAGAUUGUUUUUGUUCAGAAAAACAGCUUUAAAUUGGGAAUCCCUCUGCUUGAAACUGACCAAAAAAGUGACUAUAAGGUCAAAAAUAUCAGCGAAAAGGAAGUUAAAAUUACUGAGCAUCUGAAACAGGCCUUAGGUGCACUUAAAACUGAUAGGGCUGUGCUGAGCUAUUCCAGCGGCACAGGCUUGCCUCUGUGGAGGAUAUGGAACACUCCAAACCAUGUGGCAAAAAAAAUCAACCCUUGGCUGUAUGGUUAUCUCAGAGGCAUUUCUAAACAGAAUCCAAAGGGUUGUUUUGGGAUCAUCGCGAUGGACUUUCCAGGCUUUGAUUUGAUACAACAAAUCAUCGGUUUUAAUAAUUAGAUGUUUACGUUUGUUUAUUUUCAUUGCAGUGUAUUUUUAUUCAGCA